UUUUGCUCAGAGGCAGUUUGCAGUUUGCAGUGAUUAGUAGUCCUGUCAUGUCUGGAGUACUCUGCACUUUAAUUCCUGGAAGCAGCCAUGUAACCAUGUGUGUGUAGAAGCGUGUGUGUGUGUGCAGUGUGUGUAGUGUACCUGUAUAGCGACUCUACUUAUUAUGAGAUCAGUUUUGCACUUAAAUAUUUUAAAAUUCUUUUCCAAAGACUGCUGAUUGCUAGUAAACAAUGGCUAUUGACUAAGAUGGUCAAUGUGAAGAAGACAACUGACAAUUUAAAAAGCAAAAAUACAUCUUGGUUUCAGUGUAUGACUAAAAUGUGUAGGUGUGUCUCUGUGUACCUGUGGUUGGCUGUGAUAAUGUUUCCUACACUGCAAGCUGAAGUGAGUGCCCCGGCUCAGCUACAGGCAACACUGGGCCACCCUGUUACUCUUGGCUGUAACUUGACCAUAGGAAACGGUGAAGAUCUCAAACAGGUUCGCUGGUUGGAUUUGCACAACAAAAGUGUCCUCUAUUACCAACCUAAUAAGCCUGGCAGCCUCAUCAAGCGAGAGGGUGUGGAGCUUAUCGACCAGCAUAUUGACAGAAGUUCUUUUGUCAUUGAAAGAACCAAGCUGGGUGAUGAAGGCUGCUACACAUGUGUGUUCGACGUGUACCCAUCUGGACAGCAGAAGAGGACGAUAUGCCUUUCUUUAAAUGCAAAAGCAGAGUCCAUGGGCAACAAGACAGCAGUGCAUGGGAAGCAAGUAACACUCUCGUGUACCUACGCACUUGCCAACAGAGUCCAUCAGAUCCUGUGGAAGAAAACGACAGAGCAGGGUGACACCAUCAUUGUAGCCUCUGUGACCAAGAGCGGCAACAUGAGCGUAGAGCUACCAUUCCGGGAGCGUGUGAAGCUCAGCAAGACGUUGGGGAACAGCCAGUUAACCAUAGACCCCGUUCACAUGGAAGAUGAAGGCUGUUAUACCUGUGAUUUCCACACGUACCCGGGAGGUUCGAAGAGUGUCACGGCAUGUCUUGCUGUCUACAUCCUGCCCAAACCUGAGGUGAGCUACACCACCACAGAGAAUGGAGUAAUCCAGGCCAACUGCUCGGCUGUGUCUCGUCCUCCUGCAGAUCUCGUCUGGAAUGUGGAGGGUUAUAACCUCACACUGGCCCACUCCGAGACCUCAGUUUACCCGCAGGGAGACGGCACUACACUGGUGGUCACCACCAUACAGUUUCAGUCCCAGUUGUUGGAUGAGGAGCAAGUGACAUGUACAGCGCUUCAUAAAGGCCUGGAGACGAGCAUUUCUGUAUCCCUGAACAAGGCUGGAUAUAGAAACAUCAUCAUCAUCUCGGCUGCUUUUGCGGUGCUUGUACUGCUCAUAUGCCUAUGUUUGAGCAUGAAGAGACGAUAACAAGGUCCUCUGAGUGGCAUGUAGCCCAAGAGGAAGCCCAAAAAAUGCUGCUAUGACUGAAACUACAGUCUGUCUUACAGUGUAUAUAAAUUGUAUUUUAUGAAUGUACUAAUGAGUCUAUGAUUUUUCUAACGGCAUUUAUAAUGCAGUUGACACUAAAAUGCUACCACUGGAAACAUUUAAACAUUAAAGUAUUAAUCGUAUUGCUGACAUUGUUAAUGUUUAUUUACAGUAAAAAAUGUAAAAGUUCUGGUUUUAUAAUUGUUGUGCCAUGAGAAGUGUACACUCCCCGAGCAUGCAUCUCCACUAGAGGGAAGUGUGCUUAUAUCUGGAUUUACACUAAAGCAUCUACUGUACACUGACAGGAAAAGCUGACACAGUGGCAUUGGCUUUCUUCACUGCUUUAAUGGAUGAACACAUCAUUUCUAAAUAUUCAACAUUUCUCAAAUCACUUUAAAGUCCACACCACGGACCUAAUAGACCAUAAAGGUAUUUCCACACCUGA